AUGAAAGCGCAGGUAGAUGUGGUCUGCUGUAAAUCAGUAGGAACUGAUCUGUCCAUGCUGGAUAUUGAGGAUUUCAUCACAGAAAUCUGUCAGCUGAAGAAAGAGGUGGCUUCACUGGAGGCAAAGCUGAGAGAAAGAGGAGACAAACUGAACAGAGAGUGUCUUAUUGUUAAUCAUACUCUCACUAGAUAUAUUACUGAUUGUGUUUGUCAGGAUGUGGAGCAGGUUUGGGUGCGUGAGACUGAUGGGACAGAAGCUCAGGAUUCAGUCUGGAGCGUCAGAGAUCAGAGAUCCAGAGACACACAGGACUCAGAGCUCAGCCUCACUUUACUCUGUUAUACUGACGCUCAGGAUCAUGAAUCCACUGAUCAAACCUCUGACUGUAACGCUGGAGAACAGCAGAUGCUGCAGACGCCGCUGAAGAUGUGCUCCGUCAAACUGGUGGACUGCAGGAACCUGAUCGAGAGCAGAGGAGAAGAAACCACCGCAGAGAAACAACAACAACACACUGAUGAGGAAGAGGAGGAGGAGGAGAAUAAUGGGGAUGGUGAUGAUGAAGAUUUCAUUCCUCCAGAUGUCAAUGGUGGCUCAUCUUCUGAUGAAGAUGAAGAAACACUCUCAACUUCAAAAGAGCAGCUGACGGUCAAGAGUUUCUCCUGCAGCACCUGUGGAAAAACACUGAGUUCAGAGAGUCAUUUAAAGAGACAUGAGGGAACACACACAGAACAGAAAGACUUCAGCUGUAAGAUAUGCAACAUCAGCUUUCCUACAGCAGAAGAGAGGAGACUUCAUUCAAAAGAGCACAGCGGGAAGAAGGAGUUUCACUGUGAACAGUGCGGGAAGGUUUUUUUCAAUCAUUCUAGUCUAAAAGUUCACUUAAAGACUCACGGUGAAAAGUCUUUCCACUGCAGUGAAUGUGACAAGUAUUUCAGCAAUAAAGGAAAUCUUGAUGUUCAUAAGCGAAUCCACACGGGAGAAAGACCGUACAAGUGUCCUCACUGCGAGAAAAGAUUCAGUUAUGGAUCUCUUUACAAGAGACAUGUGCGUUUGCACACCAAUGAGAGACCGUAUCAGUGCAGUGAAUGUGGGAAAACAUUUACAAACUCAAGCUCUCUAAAGUCACACCAGAGAAUCCAUUCUGAUGAGAAACCGUAUCAGUGCAAACACUGCGACAAACGAUUCCGUCAGAUUGCUAAUCUGAAUUGUCACGAGAGGAUUCACACCGGAGAGAAACCGUAUCUGUGCGCCCACUGCGGGAAGAGUUUUUCUGAUCCAACUCAUUUCAGGGAACAUAAGCGAAUCCACACUGGGGAAAAACCAUAUCACUGCAGCAUCUGUGGGAAGAGUUUCAAGCAAAACACUAACUUAAUAAAGCAUCAGAGGAUUCAUACUGGAGAAAGACAGUUUAAAUGCUCACAGUGUGAAAAGACGUUUGCUCGAUCAGACGUCCUCAAGGUCCAUCAGCGAGUUCAUACAGGAGAGAAACCUUACUCCUGCUCCAUCUGCGGCGAGAGAUUUGGUUAUUUAGGUAGUUUUCAGACCCACCAGAACAAACACGCUAAAGAACAAACUGCUCCAGAAUCAUCAGAGUGACUUUUCAUGUCUUGGUCUGUCAGUAAAGGAUUUAUUUCUGCAGUUGCUUUCAUCAUUCAUGCCAUGUGAUAUAUGACAGUAACCAGUGUUGGGAAGGUUACUUUGGAAAUGUAGUAGGUUAAAAAUUACUUUAAUAAAGUAAUGUAACUAAUUA